AUGGCUUUGUUCCGCAAGUUCUUUUAUAAGAAACCCCCUGAUGGCCUUCUUGAAAUCACUGAAAGGGUUUAUGUGUUUGAUUACUGUUUUACGACGGAAGUUAUGGACGAAAGCGAGUACAAAGGGUAUAUAGGAGGAAUAAUUAGGCAAAUUGGCGAGCAUUUCCCCGACGCUUCUUUUAUGGUGUUCAACAUGAGGGAAGGAGAGCACCAAAGUCAUAUAUCGAACAUUUUAUGCGACUAUGACAUGACUGUGAUGGACUAUCCUAGACAGUAUGAAGGUUGCCCGUUACUUACAAUGGAAAUGAUUCAUCAUUUCUUGAGAUCGGGUGAAAAUUGGCUUCAACUUGGGCAACAAAAUAUUGUAUUGAUGCAUUGCGAACGAGGGGAACAGAAAACGUUGGAUAUGAUAUAUAAGCAAGCGCCUCGGGAACUUUUGCAGUUGAUGUCACCGUUGAAUCCCUUACCUUCACAAUUGAGGUAUCUUCAAUACAUAUCAAGGAGAAAUGUUGGUUCCGAAUGGCCUCCUUUGGACAGGGCGCUUACGUUGGAUUGUGUAAUUAUAAGACAAAUUCCUAAUAUGGAUGGAGACGGUGGUUGCCGUCCUAUUUUUAGGAUAUACGGACAGGACCCUUUUAUUCCCGCGGAUCGGACUCCCAAAGUUCUCUUCUCUACUCCAAAAAAGAGCAAACUUGUUCGGUACUUUAAACAGGCUGAUUGUGAACUUGUGAAGAUUGACAUACAUUGUCAUGUUCAAGGCGAUGUUGUACUUGAGUGUAUUAGUUUGGAAAGUGAUUUGGAACGUGAACAAAUGAUGUUCCGUGUGAUGUUUAAUACAGCAUUCAUAAGAUCAAAUAUUUUGAUGCUCAACCGCGAUGAAAUCGACAUGUUAUGGAAUGCUAAAGAUCACUUCCCAAAAAAUUUCAGAGUAGAGGUUCUUUUCUCAGAUAUGGAUACUUCUUCGUCUUCUGUUAUUUCAGUCGAUCUUCCUCCUCCUCGUCUGGAGGAGAAAGAAGGUCUACCUGUUGAAGCAUUUGAUAAAGUUAAGGAAAUUUUUAGCCAUGUUGAUUGGCUUGAUCCGAAGACAGAUGUAGCAAAUAUGCUCCAACAGAUCACGUCAUCGAAUAUCCUUCUUGAAAGAUUGGACAGUGGAGCUUCUUCUGGUUCACCAAACACCGUGCUAAACGAGUCAUUUUCCGGAAGAUUAAAAUUUGAUUCCAAGACACAAAACGAAACGAGCAGUCUGAAAUCUUCUGAUCACGAGGAACUUCCGGAGUCUCCAUUGCAGUCAUCUGAAGAUGCUACCGAGGAAAAAAUGCUUGAACCGAAAUUGUCAUCAGAAGAGAAAAUCAAGAGUCCUGCGAGUUUAGGUCAAGCGGUCCAGCCUAUUCCUUCAUUUGAUCUGUCAAAAGAUUCAGUUUCUGCUAAAAUCGAGACUGAAUCAUCAGAGUCAAAACAAUCAUUGAAAAAGGAUCUCAAAUUUCCUACUUCUACGGCUCAGGUGGAGCAAUCUAUCCCAUUAAAAGAACCAUCAAUAGAUGCAAAGUCAACGGAGAAAAAGAAUGGGUCGUUGGAAUCUGAGGAAAAGAAUAUUGUCUCAUUAGCAUCAAAGGAGGCGGCGUUGAAAAAGGACGUCAUGUUUCCUGCAUCGGAAUCUUCUACUGUUGCAACCCCGGUGAAAAAUAUUAGACUGCCGGGAUCGGUUGCAACCCCGGUGAAAAAUAUUAGACUGCCGGGAUCGAAAGAAAAGGAGGUUGAAUCAUUAGACUCAGAGGCUCGGUUGAAAAAUGAUAGCAGACCUAAAGUUGAACCAAAGACUCAGCCAAAAGUUUCAGUACCGUCGUUUGAAUCAUUUGGUGAUGCUACCUUGGAAAAGAAGAAAGAACACUUAGAUAUAAUUGAUCAGGGGAAACAACAUAUUCCCUCAAUUGGACUCCCAAAAGAUUCAGAUCUUACUGAAUUGAAGAUUGAAUCGUUAAAAUCAAAGGCACCGGUGGAAAAUGAUACCAAGUUUCCUAUGUCUACGGCUCAAGGGAAACAAUCUAUUCCAUUAGUUGAGCCAUCUGCGAAAGCGAAUUCAUUGGAACAGACGAUGGAGAAAUUGAAGUCAAAGAAAAAUGAUACUGAAUCACUAGAAUCAAAUGCUACCAAGUUUCCUAUGCCUACGGCUCAAGGGAAACAAUCUAUUCCGUUAGAUGAACCAUCUGCCGAAGCGGAUUCAGUGGAACAGACAAUGGAGAAAUUAAAGUCGAAGAAAAGGGAUACCGAAUCAUUAGAAUUGAAAGAUACCAAGUUUCCUAUGUCUACAGCUCAAGGGAAACAAUUUAUUCCGUUAGUUGAACCAUCCGCGAAAGCGAAUUCAAUGGAACAGACGGUGGAGAAAUUAAAGUCAAAGAAAAAGGAUACUGAGUCAUUUGAAUCGAAUGAUACCAAGUUUCCUACGUCUACGGCUCAAGGGAAACAAUCUACUCCCUUGAUUGCACCAUCCACGGAAGCAGAUUCAACGGAACAGACGAUGGAGAAAUUGAAGUCAAAGAAAAAGGAUACUGAAUCAUUAGAAUCAAAGUCAUUGUUGGAAAAUGAUACCAAGUUUCCUAUGUCUGUGGCUCUAGGGAGGCAAUCUAUUCCCUCAAUUGAACCAUCCACGGAAUCAGAUUCAACGAAACAGACGGUGGAGAAGUUAAAGUCAAAGAAAAAGGAUACUGAAUCAUUAGAAUCAAAGUCAUUUUUGCAAAAUGAUACCAAGGGGGAACAAUCAAUUCUUGUAAUUAAAAAGUCGAUGGAUUCAAGUUCAACGAAAACAAUGAUUGAAAAAUCAGAAACCCCAGCGUUGUCAGAAAAUGAUAUCAAGAGUCAUAUAUCGAUGGUUCAUAAGAAACAAACUAGUCCCUUAGUUGAACCCGGCGUUGAUGCAAAAUCAAUUAAAAAGAAGAUUGAUCCUCAAGAAUUGCAGGUUUCUCUUCAGCUACCUACACAAUCUAAAAUAAUUUCUCCAAGGAUGCAUCAAGCUAUUCGACCAGCUUCAGCUUCAGCUUCUUAUUCUUCUAGCUCACUGCUAGGUUCACCUGUAGCUAUCUCAAGGUAUCACAGUGCACCAUCGGCUCUCGGAAUAACAAGCGUGUUGCAAGAUCAUACACCGAUGGAUAGCAAAGAAGAACUCACUCAUGCAGCGACGAUAUCUCCUCCUUCAGAUUCAAAGGCGCCAAAAUCUGUAGAGUCUUGUUCUACAUGCAUUCCUGCAGCAUCAACAUCCCCGGCAUUGCUUCCAUCUUCGCUGUUAAAGUCUUCAGUGGGUCCUCCUUCUGCUGUCGAGAAGACUAUUAAGCCACUCGUCCCUAUUCCUCCUCCACCUCCGCCGCCACCUCCUCAACAAGAACUUACUUCAAAUUUGACGCAAUCUACAAUUACUGUCACACAAUACAGUGAAAAUUCAAUGCACGAUAAAAACCGGAUACCAUUGGCUCCUCCUCCUCCUCCUCCUUCUCCCCCUUCUUCGUCCCUCGCUGAAACAUCUCUUUCCACUGUCAAAGAUUCAUCGAAAGGUCCUCCUCCCCCACCUCCACCACCAUUUCUAUCUUCAACUGCACAAACUUCAUCGUCGUCAAUACCUCCUCCUCCCGUUCCUCCUCCACAAAGUACAAACACGUCCAUUUCUAUGUCUGGCCCUCCUCCUCCACCUCCACCUCCAAGACAAUCUGGCACGACACCAUUAGCGCCACCACCACCUCCUCCUCCUAUUUCUGCAUCCCAAAAUUCUCAGUCUAGAAGCCCUCCAAAUGUUCCCCCUCCACCUCCUUCUGCCAAUGGGUUAUCAAAACCUGGCAGUGCCUCACCACAGUCUCAUGCAGUUCCGAGACCACCCGGAAAUGCACCUCCGGCUCCCGGACCUCCUGGAAGCGUGCCUCCAAUUCCCGGACCACCUUCUGGCGCAUUUGGUGCAAAGGGACGUGGAAUGUUGCGAGCUAAUUCGAAAACUCAGACUAAAAGAAGCAACCUGAAACCUUACCAUUGGUUAAAGUUAACAAGGGCCAUGCACGGUAGCUUGUGGGCCGAGACUCAGAAACUCGAUGAAGCUAGUAGGGCUCCAGAGUUCGACAUGACAGAGCUUGAGAGUCUUUUUUCAGCUGCCACUCCGAGUUCUAAUAAUGAUAAAGGAGGAAAAUCAAAUCGUCGUUCAGGGCAAAAACCCGACAAAGUUCAAAUAAUUGAACUCAGACGGGCGUAUAACUGUGAAAUUAUGCUUACAAAAGUCAAAAUUCCAUUGCCUGAUUUAAUGAGUAAUGUUCUCGCAUUGGACGAUUCCGUGUUAUAUGUUGAUCAGGUUGAGAACCUUAUAAAGUUCUGUCCGACUAAAGAAGAGAUGGACCAGCUCAAGGCCUACACAGGAGAUACGGAAAACUUGGGGAAGUGCGAACAGUUCUUUUUAGAACUAAUGAAAGUUCCAAGAGUGGAAAGCAAGCUAAGAGUUUUCUGUUUUAAGAUGCAAUUCUGCUCCCAGGUUUCAGACCUCAAAAGGGACUUGAAUAUUGUAAAUUCUGCAUCCGAACAGAUAAGAAAUUCCAUCAAAUUGAAAAGAAUCAUGCAGACCAUUCUUUCUCUUGGUAAUGCUUUGAACCAUGGAACCGCAAGAGGUGCUGCGGUUGGGUUUCGGUUAGAUAGUCUUCUUAAACUCACUGAUACACGAGCCCGAAACAACAAAAUGACCCUCAUGCAUUAUCUUUGUAAGGUGCUUGCUGAAAAGCUUCCGGAACUUUUAGAUUUCCCUAAAGACCUAGUCAGUUUGGAGGCUUCAACCAAGCUACAAUUGAAAUAUUUGGCAGAAGAAAUGCAAGCUAUUAGUAAAGGACUGGAGAAAGUAAUUCAAGAACUGUCUGCAUCAGAAAACGACGGGCCCGUGUCAGAAUACUUCUGCCAGAUUCUGAAAGAAUUUCUUAGUCACGCGGAAGCUGAAGUGAGGUCUUUGGCUCAGCUUUAUGCGAAUGUGGGUAGAAAUGCAGAUGCAUUGGCGCUAUACUUCGGAGAAGAUCCGGCACGUUGCCCGUUCGAACAAGUUGUAUCUACACUGUUGAACUUUGUGAGGAUGUUCAUCCGAGCACACGACGAAAAUUGCAAGCAGGUUGAAUAUGAAAAGAAGAAAGCAGAUAAGGAAGCUGCAGAAAAUGAAAAAUUGAAGGUAGCUGCGAGAAACGAGUCUAAACCUAUGAUGAGGACCACCAUCAAGAGCGGUGAUGUUAAAUAA